AGAACACCAAAUGCAUCAGCUGAAAGAUUUUCGCCACAUAUUCCAACAAACAUGCAUAGUUGCCCAUUGGAGAAGAGAAACUUUCCAUUUCAUUCAUUGACAAAAAUCUUUUCGGAAGCAUUAUUCGCACUUUCCUACCUAGAAGAUUUCCCACAUUUUGAAAUUCAGUUUGGAACGCGCUGUCGUCGUGUUGAGAUCUAAAAAAUAUACCGGCAACGUAGAGGUUCAUAUCUAGGGCACUGCAGUUUGCCAAAAAACAAUUGAAACGCAUGUGGUUAUGACAGCGACACUUGGCUUCAACACACAGUGAGUGGACAGACUUUAGUGCAACGCAACCGUCAGGCACGGAUGCGUUAAUCAUCAAGCAAAUAAAACAAAAAAAUCGCAUUUGGUUUGAAGAUAACAACUCAAGAGAUCUCGAAAAUGUGUACAAAGAAUUUAAAAAUUGUUUUUAGUUGCAACUUUAUUUCGAAGUGAAGGAAAUCGUUAUUUACCAUAUAAGUGUUCUUUAAAUAUAAAUAUAAAUUACUUGUUUAGUGAAGAAAAAAAAGUGACAAGCGGCAUAUUUUUUUUGUAAAUAGAAAUUAAUUAACAAUAACAAUGGAUUUUGAUCAGAUAUUGGAGGAGAUCGGCGAGUUCGGCCGAUAUCAAAAAACCAAUUAUCUGCUCAUCUGUUUGCCGGUAAUGUUUGCAGCAGCGAACAGCUUGUCGUAUGUUUUUACCGCCGGAGCUCCAGCUUACAGGUGUUUGAUUCCACAGUGCGACGAUCCAGACGCACCAAGUUUACACGAACCUUGGCUGCCCAAUGCAGUACCUGGCACCUAUGACAAAAAAGGCCAUUUUACACCGGAAAAUUGCUUUCGAUACCAAGCAAAUAAUACGUUAGCGCUUGUCGCAAAUGAAGUGAGCAGAAUUUACAAUACAAGUGAAGAAGCAAGCGAAUGCCCGAAAAGCGAUUUCAAUCACAAUGGGCGGGAGCGCUGCAAUAUUUGGGUCUAUGACGAUCAGGAGCGGACCAUUCUGCAAGAAUGGGAAUUGACCUGCAAGGAAAACGCCUGGAAGCUUGCUUUUGUGGGCACUAUGCAUUUUGCCGGUCUCGUUGUUGGAACCGCAAUAUCUGGGUAUCUGGCGGAUCGUUUCGGACGCAAAAACAUCUUCAUACUUUGUAGUGUCUUCAUGGCCAUCACUGGCAUCGCCCAAGGUAUGGCCUGGGACUAUACUAGUUUUCUGGUAUUUGCCUUCCUCAACGCAGUAGGUACGUCUGGCGUAUAUCCACUGGCCUUCAUUAUAGGCGUAGAAAUGGUUGGUCCCAGCAUGCGUGAAAUGUCUUCAAUAGUGCUCAAUUACUUCUAUGCCGUUGGAGAGGCCUUGGUGGGUGCUGCCGCAUGGCUCCUACACGAUUGGCAGCUGCUACAAUAUGCGCUAUCUGUGCCGCCGGUUUUCUUCAUUGUCUACUACUGGUUCGUGCCGGAAUCGGUGCGUUGGCUGUUGGCACGAAAUGAACGUGAAAAGGCCGGAGUGAUUAUAAAACGCGCCGCAGCUGUAAAUAAGCGAGAGCUCUCCCUAUCGUUGUUGGCCAGCUUCAAGGCGGAGAAUUGUGUAUCGCAGCCAUCAACGCCUACCAAGACAGCGCAGACGAAAGCCACAGAUAAUUAUCUGGAUGUGGAAGAAUUAAAGGACGAUGGGCAAGAGGGCAAAAAUGAAAUAUGGAAAGCAGUGCGGGAAAUAUUUAAAUCAAAAACAUUGCUUUUACGUUACACAAUAAUGCUCUACAUUUGGGCAAUAAAUGCUGUAGUUUUCUAUGGACUCUCUUUGAAUUCUACGAGCCUUAGUGGCAAUAAAUAUUUGAAUUUUAUUUUAGUGUGCCUAAUUGAAAUACCAGGUUACACGCUGGCUUGGGUGUCAUUACGAAAAUUAGGUCGCCGCUUCGCUCUGUCAGGUUCGCUAUUUCUCUGUGCAGUCACUUGCGUAGCUGGCGGCUAUUUGACCAAAGUGCAAACUAACUUGGAGACACGUUCAACUUGGGCUAUUGUGACGCUUUUUUUAAUUGGUAAACUAGGCAUUACCUCAUCGUUUGCUGUGAUUUAUACUUACACAGCGGAAAUGAUGCCAACGUUAAUACGGAGUGGUGGCGUUGGAGUGAUGUCUACGUUUGCACGUUUUGGCGCAAUGCUAGCACCUUUUGUGCCGCUUUUGGGUACAUAUUAUGAGGCCUUACCGCUGCUACUAUUCGGAGCAGCAUCCUUAUCGGCGGGCAUCUUAGGGUUGUUGUUGCCAGAAACAUUCCGCAAAAAGUUACCUGACACGGUCGCGGAAGCAAAACAACUGGCAAAUGAUAAGCAUGAUAAGAAACCAUCCAAUGCGAUUGUGUUAGACGAGCGGCCAGAGGGUACAAGUGCAGAUGGAGACAAUGCAACAGAACACCGCGACGAGGCAAGCUGAGCCGAAGUAGCUGCAACUAAAAUAAUUUUUUACAAUAACCUUAAUACGCAUCAAUAGCGCAGUGAAAACUUGCCUGACAUGCCUUAAACAUACAUACAUUCGUAUGUAUUUGUUAAAUAUUUAACAGGACAUCUUAAGCGUUGUAAUGCCCUAAAGUCGUAAAAUUUUUCUAGGUAAAAUUGCAUUUAAACUGUUUUUAUGGCAUUCGUAACUACACAAAAUUAUUUUUAAACUCUUAGAAAAUACAUAUAUAAUUAGCCCAGAAUGAUAGAAUACAAGGAUACGCCCUUCGGGCAGGAUUUUUGAGAAUAAUUUUUGUGUGACGUCACACUGGUGCAUUUGCAAGAGAUAAAUGCCAAAACGCGGGCAAGAAUGGGAGAAAUUUUACAAGAAACACGUUAAUAAGUUGCACAAUUGUAACGUAAAACAAACAGCGAUUCUGUCAAAUUCACUGAAAGCGGAAUUGCGGUACGGAGAUGGGCGGCACCCUUGCAACUUCCUCUUCAAAUGAAAUGUCAAAAUUGUGCUCUCUACUUGCAAGUUUUACAGGUUCUUUGUUCAAACGAACGCUAUUUAGUAACAGCUUGUACAAGUUUUUGGCAUAGCGAACAGAACUAUAGGCCGUCAUCGAUUCGCCACAUCGCUGCUUGCAUGUUUGAGAUCUGGUCGCUUAACGAAAAAUUUUGCAUGUGAAAGCAGCAACAAAGUUAGCUAGCACGGAUAGACGACAUCGAGUUUGGUUGUACCUCAUUGAGUUCGUUCGUUUCGCCAGUCGUUAACUGUUGGCGAAUCGAUGACGCCUAUUAUAUCUUUGAAUGCCCUUAAACCCUUAUUUUAUCUUGGAACAUAUUUAUGACUUUAAGAUAAGACAUUACGAUGCUUAAGAAUGAUCCCUAGUUAUAACUUAUAAGUUACAACAUAAGUGAUACUACUUAAAUAUAAAAAUAAAGUAUAAUAUAAGUAGUUAAUUCACUCUUCAGGGGCACAAAGUAUAAAAUAUUUUGACAGCUUUUUAGUAUAAAUACAUAUACUUAUGUACAUAUACAUGUACACGCAUAUGCAAUUGUUAUGUACUAUGUAAUAUGUGUUUAUGAAUAAAUACCAAAAUAAUUAAUAAAUAUUUAAACCAAAUGUGUCUAUCAGUUUUAAACUCUUAUAUGCGUGAAUAGGUAGGUACUGAAAAUAAUUAGUAUUUCGAUUUUUUUUUUUAAGUCACUGAUUUCAUUUUAAUUUAGCUCUGCUUUACUUUUAAGUUAUCGCGAAAUUGUUAUUGAGCUAUUUUAAUUUUUUUGUGAUUUGUUUCUUUAGCUAUACAAAAAAAAAUAUCAA